AUGCAGCGUGUACAGCCGUCUGCAGCAAGGGUAAAGUCCCAGAAGAAGGAGAAGGCGCCGCCAGAUGUUCCAGACGUGAUUCUCGAUGGAGAACGCAAGACUCGUUAUGAAAAAGGCAAAUUUUUGGGAAAAGGAGGAUUCGCACAUUGCUACGAGCUGCGGAACAAGUCUACAGGCGAGCUGUUUGCUGGAAAAGUCGUCCCGAAAGCGCUGCUUAUCAAGCAGUAUCAGAGAGACAAAAUGGCUCAAGAAGUGCAGAUUCAUAGGAACCUCCAACAUCGCAAUGUUGUGAAAUUAUAUCACUUCUUCGAGGAUAAAUCAAACGUCUACAUCACGCUGGAAUUGUGUCCAAGAAGAUCGUUGAUGGAGCUGCAUAAGCGACGAAAAGCGGUCACAGAGCCUGAAGCCCGCUACUUUACAUAUCAAAUCGUGGAAGGUGUGCUCUACUUGCACAAUUUAAAGAUUGUACAUCGUGAUUUGAAGCUCGGAAAUCUCUUCCUCAAUGAUGAAUUGCAAGUGAAAAUCGGCGAUUUCGGGUUGGCAACAACUUGUGAUAAUGAUGAGAGAAAGAAGACACUCUGUGGAACUCCAAAUUACAUUGCACCUGAAGUUUUGAACAAAAUCGGGCACUCCUUUGAAGUCGAUUUAUGGGCGAUUGGUUGCAUUCUCUACAUUCUUCUUUUCGGCCAUCCGCCAUUCGAGUCGAAGAGUUUGGAGGAGACCUAUUCGCGCAUCAAAAACAACAACUACGUCAUCCCAACAUCGGCGAGUGCUGCAGCAUCUCAACUCAUUCGUGUGCUUCUUGACCCAGUGCCGAGUCGCCGUCCAAAUGCCAGAGCUGUAUGCCGAGAUCACUUCUUCAAAUCCGGCUUCAUGCCUGCUCGUCUUCCAGUUUCGUGCCUCACGAUGGUCCCACACUUAAACGAUGAUGAAUACGCAGAGGAAAAUGUGUCUCCAAGUGGCACGAUCGAUCAGCGUGGUCCGCACCAAGCUGGUAGAUCCGGACUUUCUGCGAUUCCGGCUCAUCUCGUGUCGAGAAAUUCUGAACGGCAGCAAACUCACCGAAUGGAGGCGUACCGACAGCCGACUGACUGCUAUUUGUCGAAUUUACUCGCUCAAGUCAACGAUUUAUUGGCUACGCCAACCGCAGAUAUUGAUGAUGCAGAAGCCGCUCUAGACUCGUAUCAAUCGCCUGAAGCUCUUCCCGUGUUCUGGAUUUCCAAAUGGGUUGACUACUCUGAUAAGUAUGGAAUCGGUUAUCAGCUUUGCGAUAAUUCGGUUGGAGUACUUUUCAACGAUAAUUCAAGAAUCAUGCUGGACACUGCUGGCACCCAGCUGACAUAUAUUGAGAAAACCGAGAAGGAGCACUAUUUCGACAUGGAAAGCGCAAUACCAUCGGGCCUACAGAAGAAGAUGACACUUCUCAAGUAUUUCCGAUCGUACAUGAAUGAUCAUUUGUUGCAAGCAGGACAGCAAGUUACUCGGAAAGUAGGAGACGAUUUGGCUCGCCUUCCGACGCUUCGUGUCUGGUUCCGAACAAAGUCGGCAAUUGUGCUUCAUCUCUCCAACGGCACUGUUCAGAUAAACUUUUUCAAUGAUCACAUUAAAAUGGUGUUGUGUCCACUCAUGCAAGCUGUCACCUUCAUCGAUGAGAACAAGCGCAUGUUCACGUACAAAUUUUCACACUUGGCUGAAAAUGGAUGUCCGGAGAAGUUCCUCCAUCGAAUUCAAUACGCCAAGUGUAUGAUCCAACGACUCGUCGAGGAACACACGAAAGAGGAGACGAAACACAAUGCACCGGCGGCCAAUGCAGUACGCCUUCCAUCGACUUCCAGCAACGUCCGUUUGGAAUCUGCAGCAGAUAUCCAGCCGGCUUAUCCAUCAUCCUCGCGUCGCUAAGAAAAUCGAUCUGCAACAAAUUGAGCUCAUUUCCCCUUACCGGUUUUGAUAUUUCUCUGAUCAAUACACUUUUAUGUCCGUGUUUGUAAUCAAUUUUAUCCAAGCAAAUUGCCUUCCUUUUGUAUUGCCUUUCUUUUUUAUUUUUAACGUUUAUUUUUCCCCUUCCCCCUCUCGUAUUAAAUAUUCAUUUCGUCUCUCUAUGUAUGUCACUUCCUAAUUUAGAAGAGAACGAACAAACAUUCGGGUGUCAUCAUGCUCAUCAGCCGGGGGGUGGUGGG